GUAGGAGGGGACGGCAGUCUGGCGUGGCGUUAACCGGAGAGUCCGCAGGAGCACAUCUGGCCCCGCUCAUACCCCCUGGUCUCCCGGACUCACCCCCUUCCCUUUCCUCUUUUCUCUCUCUUUUUUUUUAAACUCUCAUUCAAAUCGAUGAAGGAGAGACGGUCGUGCCAGAAACUGUCUCUGAAAGCCGGGAUGGACCCCUCGCAGAGCGUCAAGUGUAAGAUAGUGGUGGUGGGCGACAGCCAGUGUGGCAAGACCGCGCUGCUGCACGUGUUCGCCAAGGACUGUUUUCCAGAGAGCUACGUCCCCACGGUGUUCGAGAACUACACGGCCAGCUUCGAGAUAGAGACGCAGAGGAUCGAGCUCAGCUUGUGGGACACCUCAGAUAUCAGAGGCUUUUAUGAUGAUGAUGAUGAUGAUGAUGACGAUGAUGUCAUGCUCUUGAUCACACAAUCACACGAAUACACGACUUUCCCCUGCGACCCUGAACUGGAUUAA